AUGGAGGAUAACGCAGUAGUAGUCAUAUCACCACCAUCCUCGACGAAGAGGUUAAGCAAGAUUACAUGCAAACAGGAGGAACUCAAACCUCACAUUUGUCUGAAAAACAACAUGGACAUGGAGGAUUGUUUUAUUCUUGAUUGUAACCCCUUUGAUUCCAUUGACAUCUCCAAGCUCUCCAUUACCAUCGACGACGCCGACGAUGACGAUCUCUCUCUCGUGGCCGAGAAGGGCAAGGUAGCAUGUAGAGAUUAUCCCCAUUCAAGGCAUCUCUGUGUUCGAUUUCCCUUUGAUAAAACUGCUCAUGAUAAACACUGUGACCUGUGUUACUGUUAUGUUUGUGAUUCAGUGGCUCCAUGUAAGGUCUGGGCAGCACAUUGUGACGCUUCAGAGCAUGUUCAGCACUGUAGAUCUGAAAGGAAUUUGACCAUACUGAAAAGACUGACUGCCUAA